CAUUUCGCCCAUACACCGACUCUCGCCAUUUCCAUCAUUACACAAUCCGACUGUCAAGUAGACAGAACCUGUCGUCGGAUUUGGGAAACAUGGCUCCGGUCAGCGAACAACUCCAGGUGCUCGAACACGCGUCCGGCAACGAGAGAGUGCAAGGCUAUGCCGCGAUACUGCAGCAAAUUGUCACAUCGGCCGACAACAUGGUGCCGAAUCUGGUGGCGUAUAUCCAAAGCAUCACAUCGGACCAUGUGGGCGUCAUCAACUCUCGACCGCUUCUGUCGGCCUUUGUCGAGCAGUUUCGGACUCUCAGCACCGAAGUGAAGUUGGAGGUUGGGCCCGAAGUCGUUCAGACUCUACAGCCCAAAGUGAUCUCGUUCGAGCAGCAAGACACCGACGUCAAACUCCUUCUCGCAGAUGCCUACGAAGCCGAUGAUGACUUUACCAACUCCGCCAAGACGCUGCAAACCAUCUCCCUCGAAUCAUCACAGCGCAGUGUCAGCGACGACGAGAAAGCCAAGAUCUGGAUGCGCAUCUGUCGGUGCUACCUCGAAGAUGAUGACCCCACCGACGCCACAUCCUAUCUCAACAAGAUCAAGCAAAUCUUCCACAAUGUCACCGACCAGGCGACGCGCCUCCAAUUCCAGCUGUCCCAGGCACGCAUAUCAGACUCUCAUCGACACUUCCUUGAUGCAUCGCAAGCCUACUACUCGCUCUCCAACGAAACCGUCAUCGACGAGGAAGAACGUCUGCAAGCUCUUUCCGCCGCCAUCACAUGCGCUGUACUCGCGCCCGCAGGACCGCAACGUGGCAAGCAACUUGCCAAAAUCUACAAAGAUGAGCGAGCAUCCGACGUGCCCGAAUUCGGCAUUCUCGAGAAGAUUUUCCUAGACAGAUUACUCUCUCCCUCAGAAGUCGGCGCGUUUGCUGCCAAUUUGAAAGAACACCAACUGGCCAAGACUUCGGAUGGCAGCACUGUGCUCGACAAAGCCGUGCUCGAACAUAACCUCCUCGCGGUAUCGCGCAUCUACGCCAACAUCACAUGCGACAAUCUCGGCAAGCUUCUCGGCGUGGAUUCUGACCGUGCGGAGGCUUAUGCGUCGGGUAUGAUUGAGAGCAGUCGUCUCUCGGGCUCGAUUGAUCAGAUUGCCGGCGUCAUUCAUUUCAACAGCAAAGAACCUUCCAAUUCCAAGAGUGAUUUGCGGCUGUGGGAUAAGAAUGUGCAAGGAUUGGCGGAAUCGGUCGAGACGUUGACGACUAUGCUUCAGAGAGAGGAGCCGGUGUGGUACGAGCAACAGAUUACAGCUUGAGAGAGUAGGGAGAAUGAAUAAAAAGGCCGCUGAGUUGGUGUGAACCUCGAGUACUUACUUGAUUUCGCUAUAUCAAGUCCCGCUUCUGAGGAUUCCACUACAGUUUCAAAAGAAGCAUCUCGCUCGUACAUCGCAGCGAAAACCAAAAGGAGAAAAAGGAAUUAGACUUCCAUUAUCCAAAACAUGUUUGUUAGUGUAGACGAGCAAUCCCCAGCAGAAGCAGCAGCAGCAGCAGGAACGAAUGAAUAACAGUACCUUGACUCAAGACUGCUUGGUUUCCUUUUGGGGAUUGUAGAGAGAGAUGGAUGGAUAGUGAGAUGGGGUUAUAAUUCUUACGUACCUAUGCGUACGUACGUUACGGAC